AUGCCACUCACGAGGCACUUGAAGAAAUCUGACACGUGGGAGAAUCACGGCCAUCACGUGAACGUGGACUACACCCCUGAUCACGUGAUGAAAUCAGAGACGUUCAAGGAUCGUACGAACUAUGAUCCAGGGUCGUCACUGAGUCCGUCACCGAGUUCGGGGAAGGUUCGAAGAGAGCCGUCUCUGGGUCAGGACGAGUUGAACCGCCGAGUUGAAGCGUUCAUAAAGAAGUUCAAUGAUGAAAUGAGAUUGCAGAGGCAAGAGUCGUUGAAUCAGUAUAUGGAGAUGAUUAACCGUGGAGCCCACUAA